UGGCUCUGCUUCACUUGCUGUCAUUCUGAUGGCUGGCUGUCUGCGUGCAGAGCAGCUGAUGAAAGAGCUAGCAGGCCUCACUGCAUCGCCGUCUAGUCACGCAUCCGUGUACAACGCCUCUCAGCCCGAUCGCUGGCUGCUGAAACUGCACGCCGCAGGGCACACGCCAUACGCAGGUGAUGAGUUUACCCUGCUGUUCAAGGUUCCUGACAACUACCCAGUUGAGGCUCCUGAAGUUAUGCUCUUUGGAAAUGUGCCCGUGCAUCCGUAUGUGUGUACUAAUGGGCAUAUCUGUCUGAGCAUUCGGUACCAGCACUGAGCCCCUGUGCUGACAGUCGAGACGAUUUGUCUGUCGAUUCUAUCGAUGCUGUCGAGCUGCAGAAGCAGGAACUGCCGAAAAACAACAGCAUCUACAUCGGGCCCGCGGCAAGCUCGCCCAAAGACACAAGGUGGGUGUUU